UAAAACUUAAAACGGAAUUUUUUAAAGAGUAAUUUAAAAGUUAUAAGAGACAUGUAGCCCUGCGCAUAUUGCACGUUAUCUUAUCAGCGAGCAGCAAGCAAUGCGUUCAGGUCCGCGAUAUGUGUGUUAGACGCUGAUUUCGCUAGUAUUACUUCAUUCUGCGCGCCCGUCGGAUGCACUUUAUAAAUAAGCUCAACGUUAAAACCGAAAAAAUGCUGUAAAAAUCGCUUAUUUAUGCUCUUAAUUAGCAUUACGUGAAGAUAUCAAUCGUGGAGACACACAUACCGCAAUUAUUUAUAUAGUUUAAUUCUAAACGUUACAGUUUUAUUGACAUACGGUUUAAUACAAAAGAAAACGUGUAGAGGAAAUACGUAUUAAUCCAUUUCCAUAACACUUGGAGACGGCAUUGUGUUUCGGUUUUAAGGCGCUUAAACAAACAAUACAAACGAAAAAUGGCAACUCACAGUUGGAAGAUCGGUUUCUAUUUCAUUCCUACAACACUCAUAUAUAUGCUUAUAAUACUAACAAAUGCCAAAGAUGUUACGAACGCAGUCGAUGUCGAUGAUGUUGCAGUUAUACUACAAAAUAAAAGUACAACCAUGAUGCUGGAGAAUCUAACAGAAGUUAACUAUAGCACUGUGACAGCAGCUCCGACUUCCGAAUCGACGAGCACACAACAAACACCUCCGAUGAAUACAACAGUUGUAGCGUCACUUUCGUAUGCUAAUAGCACAACCUCGUCCCGUCCCCCAGACACCUCGCUGUCAACAACAACAUCUAUAGCACCGAUCCAGAUACAGCGACACAAUCAGGUGGAACUACCGAAUACGCCGGCGGAUUGUUCGCAACGUGAAAAAUUGAGAAAACAACCGAUACCCACAUCAAGUUCUCGAUUACGCAAGUGCUGUCCAUUUGGAGAGAAUUUGGAUUUCUAUCGUGAGAACCAAAGCGAUUCUCAAUGUGAUCGAGCGGUCCACAAGUUUGAACCGAUCGUAAUUACCGCCGAGCUUUACGAUAAUUGCAUCGACGAUCUGGAAGUAACGCCAGAACUGACCUACGAAAUAGGCAAUCCAUGUAAUAGUGUUAACCUUUUCAGCUCCUUUCUAUAUAAUAGUGAGGAAGAUCUGCUCUUCAUUAUGCAGAAUGGAGAUCUCUUGAUCCUAGACAAGAACAGCAAUGAGUCCUAUGCGGUUGAGGAAAACUAUUGCGUGGAUCAAGAUAAAUCCGGCAUAAUGAUCGCCUUCGUCUGCAUCACCCAAGUCGAAGAGGUGUCCAAAGCCAAGAUCAUUAUUGUGGCUGUGCUUAUGCUUGUGAGCAUGCCUUGUCUUCUGCUGGUCACAUAUUUGCAUCUGACACUGAAACUAUUACGCAAUCUUCAUGGCUGGUCAUUGGCCCUGAUGUCAUUGUGCUUGGCCUGCGGUUAUUUUGUCUACUCGGUGGUUCACAUCUAUGGCAUACCAUCGGGUGGUUUCAUUGGAUAUGUCAUCCAAUUCUUUAUCUUAAGCUUCUUCUUCUGGUACUUUUGCAUCUGUUGCAACGUUCUCCUGAACAUCUGGUACAAGUUGCCCUACUAUGUGCAGCUGAACAAAACCGGGACUAUUCUCAAUUUCAUUGCUUACCUGCUGAUCGCCAUCACUGGACCCGCGAUACUUGUUUCCCUAACCGUUCAGAAGGGUUUACCUGGCAUGCCAUCGUAUUUCCUGCAAGGCAUCACGGAAUCCAUUCGUGAAUCCCAACGAUACUUUAUACCUCCGGUGUCUACAAUGCUGGGUCUCAGUUUUCUGGUUUUGGUCGUAGCAUUCUUUGGCUUUCAACGCAUCAAAUCAGAUGGUUAUUUGCUAGUGAAUGAUGAGGAAAAGGACUCUGUGACACCCAGACGUCCUUUCGACAUAGAGAAAUACGAAGAUGUCAAAAAAGAUGCCAAAUGUGUCGCCUUGCUGGGAAUUAUUGUGGUGCUCGCUUGGCUCUUCGAAAUUGUCACAUUCUAUUCGCCUGGAAAUGAAGUCUACCUGCUGCUCUGCGAUAUGAUCAAUGGACUGCAGGGUCUGUGGAUAAUGCUGAUAUUCCUCGUGGUGCGCAGGCGUCGCACAAUAAUCUUGCGCUGGUGGCACGAUCGCGGUUCGCAUCUCAUCUCCGAGGGAGGCACUGAGUUGCAACCGGUUAACAAAGCUGCGAAUCCUUCAUAAGAAUUUAGUCAUAUCACACACACACGCACACCAAAUACAACUUAAUUAUAUAUGUUAUGUAUGUAUAUAUAUAUAAAUUGUUUAUUGCAUUUUACAUAGAAAUGUAUUAAUAUUAAAUCUUUUCUUCCUUUCUCUCACUUGUAUACAUAAAGUGUCAUUGAGUUGAAA